AUGAAUGUAUUUCAUUGGCAUAUAGUUGACGAUCAGUCAUUUCCAUAUGAUAGUCGUAUCUAUCCAGAAAUGAGUAAAAAAGGCGCAUAUGACGAAACACAUACAUACUCGCAAGGUGAUAUAGCCGAUAUACUUGAGUUUGCACGACAGCGAGGUAUUCGAGUUAUGGCUGAAUUUGACUCACCUGAGCGAAGAUUAACAGCAGCCAUCGAAACUUAUAUGCAUAUUAAGCUUAUCGUAAAAGCUGAUACAAUAGUUGAAGUGUGGAAAGAUCCAUAUCCAGAAGAAAUGGCUCGUGUUACUAAACUCGGUUAUCGUACGCUGCUAUCAACAUGUUGGUAUUUAAAUCUUAUAUCAUACGGCUCUGAUUGGCGCGUGCAACUAAAAAUGACACAAGAAGAAUUAGAUGCAACAAAUUUACAAAUAAAUAAAGUUACCAAUGAGAGUCUGGAAGCGACUCGCCGGAUGUUAAACCACACCUCGGAAACACAAGAAAUCGGCGUUAAGACACUAACGAAAUUGGCCGAACAGGAAGAACAGUUGGACAAUAUCCAUUUAGGACUGAAACGGCUGAGUGGUGAAAUGACAAAAGCAGAAGACAAUAUGAGUCAAUUGGAAAAAUGUUGUGGUUUAUG